UUCUGUGUUAACAAUUACAAUUAUGUCUUAAUCUAUUUAUUUCCUUAGAUCACGAAGUAUUGCACAAUUAUUUCUUAACGUCUACAUAGUCAGGAACAGCGCUGGUUGACUGGUUAAGAAGUGUGUGUGACAUCAAUCCACAGACAGAGAGUCAUGGCUUCUUCUGGUCAUGCUGAGGAUGAGCUGUUGGUUGUUUAUGGUGAAAGUGGGAGGGCCAACGAGGCUGGAAGGGACCACUGGACACACAUGAAAGAUGAGAGUGACGACCAGGAGGACAUGUUACAGGGGACGCCACUUAUAAGCCUACAUCAGGCUCCUGCGGGGUCGGAUACCAUCAUCGAUGUGGUGAGCGAUGGAGACUUUGCGCUGCACACGACUCUUGGAGAUGGCAUCACGGAAGCAUUUGUCAGACAGAGCAUGGAUAUGAUGGACACUGGUGGGGUGGACGUGAUGACAGAUGCCCCAACGCACCACGUCGACAUGAGCGUCUGGUUGAGAGAACCUCAGGGCGCGUCUACCGUGCGACAUAUCAUCCCACACACGCAUCAGGAGGCCGCCCGGCAUGCCAUGCCUCGCCUCUAUCCAGAGUCUACCGGCUGCAGGAGCGGUCCGAUGUGGGGAAACUCUCCCAGCAGUACACACAGCAGCCACAGCAUCCUGGGCAGCAACCCGCUCGGUCUACCCCCCACGGUCGGUGCCCGCCAUCACGCCUCCCUCGGCAGCAGUCAUCGGAGUGCCUUCAGAAGCUACAGCGGCCGUCCCCGUCCUCCGCGCGACGUCGAGACGGGCGGGGGAGCCAGGUCUCGCCGUGACGCCGAGCCCGUCCCAACGACCGCGAUGCGCAGCCAUCGCUGCAACCCCGAAAUCGGACAUGGUCACCGGGAACAGCGCCCCCUGGGGAGAAGCGGCGUCCACGGAGAGCGUGCCGGAAGAGAGGAUCGAUCCCCUCACAUGUCCAGUAUGUGUUUGUUAGGCAGCAGACGGCCGCCGACGCGUCACAGCCUCCUUCCCGCCGCACAGAAGCGAGACGGCAACCACCUCGACGACGCCAAGGUGCGCAAACGCUUUUCCCCGAUCCGCGAGCAGCCGCCGCAGUUCCGCGUCGUCGCCGCGGCAACGACGAGCGAGGACGAGCAGCCGUCUACGAGCGGGCUCUGCCUGCCGCGCAUAGGCCUGCACGCCGCCGCCGCCCGCCACCCGAAGCAGAAGCGGAAAUCCGGGGUGCGAGUGCGGCCGCCGGAUCCCGUCCCGGACUACUACUUCAGUACCUCGUCGAGCGAUUCCGACUCGGACUUCGGAAUGGAGAUGGCGUUGCACCGGAUGCCGCGUUACUUUGACGAGAGCACUGAUAGUGAGGAUACGAUCGAGGUCGUCGACGAGCCUCAGGCCGGCAGUGGCGCGCGGACGCGGACACGAGGGGGCGUCACCGCAGCCGCCGACAACAGCACCAAGAAGGGUGGCAAGGCGAAGAGCAGUAAGGGAGCGGCGCAGGCGGCGGCAUCGGCAGGUGGCACCACCGCUCGCGGGCAUACAUAUCAGAUGGCGGAGGAGGGGUCGGAUUUGCCGGCGUACGGUGAGCGGGAUGGCAGCGGACACGUCUAUACGGGCAGUCAGCAGCGCCCGGGCGGGAGCGCCACCGGUAGGAGCACUCAGGAAUGCAGCGCGGUACAUGCGGAGAGGCGGAGAGCAAGAAGAAACAAGUGGGCAGCACUGCCGCCGGAUCUCCAACUGGAUAGCUCGUCGGACGACAGCGAGAGUGACAUUGAAGUAGUAGCUGUGCAGCCGGAAGUCAGCCAGCCUAGCAGCAGUAGAAGUCGGGCGGUUGUCGUUGAUCUGACGAAUGAUACGGAUGAUGAGAGAGUGACUAGAGGCUGGACACUUCCAUCCUUGCAACUGCCAAGCGAAGAGGUUGUCAGUAGUGGGGCAGUGGCAUCCAAUCAGCAAUGUGAUAGAUGGAUGAGAAACCUGGAGAUUCCCCGUGCUAGCUGCUGCUACCAGAACAGUGAUGUCAGCACUCGACAGACAGGCAAUGUUGAUCAUCCGUCGCAGAGCUGUAUAGAAGCAUCAGGUGCCAACAUGACAGAGUACAGACGUCCUAUAUGUCACCCCAGCUUUGACAGGCAGUCACAUCCUGUUGCUCACUCGUGUAGAGUGCCGAUGUCACAUCAGUACCAGCGUCAGCAGCUGCAGCAGCAGCAUCCAUCCUACCCGCCGCAGUCGUCCGGCCACGCGACACGUGGCGCCACCACGCAGGACUUUCAUCACCACUACCACCACGUUGUGCCGACUGGACCUCAGCUGAACCCGCAACACCAGCGCCUUCUACAGGCCCACCAUCGCAUGCAGGAGGCUAACCGAAGGCAGCUGGAGCAGCACACACUAUCUAUGUCCAGGAGAAAUCUGUCGCUAGCUAUGGUGCGGGACGUCAGCCUGAACCCAGCUGAGAAUCCAGUCAGCCAGUCCGUCGAGUAUCGGCCCGAGGCCACUAGUAUACACACAGAAGUUGUCAUUCAGAGCACUGGAGAGCAGCAACCACAUCAGCAUCUGCAUCAUCAUCUACAUCACUACCACCAUGGUCCCCCGCGACUGCACCAUCUCAACAUAAGCAUCGCUCCGGGAGUUCCUCCGCCGAUCCAUGAAAUUCCGUCAGCAUAUCCUCCACCUCCCUAUCCCAUGAUGCCUCACCUGCCGCGGCACAUGCAGGCGCGCAUGACGGGACGCAUGUACGCACGGCCACUACCGACGUACGAGGAGCUUAUACACCUUGAGGAACAGAUAGGAAUCGUGAAUAGAGGUGCCAGUCCGACCACUAUAGAAAGAAACACAUAUCCUCAUAAGUAUAAAAAGAUUGUGCGAGUGAUAGAGGAUGAGAACCAGGAAGAGGUGUCUGAGCGCUGCACCAUCUGUCUCUGUGAUUUCGAAGAAAAUGAAGAUGUUAGACGUCUGCCCUGCAUGCACUUGUACCAUACGGUGUGCGUGGACCAGUGGCUAGUCACAAACAAGCACUGCCCCAUCUGUAGGGUGGACAUUGAGGCUCAGAGUAAGGAGUGCAUCAUGGGCUGACAGCCUGUGCGAUUCCUGCUUAUCUCACAUCACAUCGUAUUUACUCACACCGAGCUGUUGGCAGGUGGCAGCACUAUCUGCAGUGAUUUGUUGUUCGCACUUGCGUAUACUCGCAUUGGGGUUACUAGAUCAUUCAUGUUUGUACUAGUAUGGAGGCCACCAUACAAAAUACCAACACAACCACUGUCUAUGCUGGUGUACCGUGUUAUUAUGUAGGAUCUUAAUGCGUUGAUACAUCUAUAGGUGGUGGUUACUAAAUCGUAUAAUGGUUUACACAGGAACUGAGCCUAAUCUAAUUUUGCAGCUGCUUCUAUGUGCUAUGUAUGCAUCACAUUUAAAACCAUCAGUUAUUAACAAAGAAAAGUUAUAAAUUAGGGGGGAUAUAUAAGUAAAACAGCAAUAAGGCAAGAGCAACGCGAUAGGUCACAACUAAGAAAAAAGUCUACGUGACCCUUAUAUUUACCCCUCACAUUUGCUGUUGCUAUAUACAGUACAUAAUCUAUUAUCCGAAACCCUUGGGACCAGAUAUGUUUCGGAAUUCGGAAUUUUUAGGAUUUUGGAAUGGUAGUACA